AUGAUGCAGCUUCACUUUACUAAAGAUGCUUUACCACAUUCUGUCAGCGGAGACUUCAACAACCUUAACAAAUUCAACGAGGAGCAAUUUGUUCGUCUGGUGGAAAUCCUUUUCCAGUUUUUGCUUGAGCCAAAAGCGGCAGAGAAAUUGAUGCAGCGGCUAAGUGACUUUGCAGCUGAAAAUAGAAUGAGUGCAGGCCCACUAAAGAACCUGAUAAAGAGCGUCAUUCUUGUGCCGCAGGGUGCAAUAAAGAAAAACCUGACUGCUGUGCAGCUGAAAGAAGAUUUGCAGACUUUAGGACUUCAUGAGGACAAGGCGGCUCACUUUUCUGAACAGUGGGAAGAGCAUCGUGCAACACUUUGUAGACUGGCUGCGAGGCAAAUGUUGACUGUCAACAGACUGGUGGACAUGGAAUGGAAGUUUGGUGUGACUGUUGGCACGAGCGAGAUCCACAAGAUGAGCAACAUCUUUCUCCAGCUCAAAUUGGUCGUCCAGAAGGGGAAUUCCACAGAAAACCUCUACAUGGAAUUGUCACUCCCCCAGUUUUACAACUUCCUGCAUGAAAUGGAGAGAGCCAAGGCCAGCAUGGACGCAAUUAGUUGA